AUGAAAUUCUUAGCAAGCCUCGCUCUCUUGGCCGCAACGGCCAUGGCCAAUCCCGUUACAAGAACUACGAAGGACUUCCACUUGAAGACCUCUGGCGCCGGCGACUCCCGCCACAAUAAUCUCUUCGUCUAUGCUUAUCACACCGGUGCGGGGUUCAAUGAUGCUGUGCUUAGCACAGACGGAGCCGAUGCCUCAUCGUUCUACCUUAAUGGAACUUUGGCCUUGGCUAAUCUAGGGACUGACUAUCCCUGGGGUAUGAUAGCUACUAGCGACACCAACUAUGCUUCAUGGGAGCCGAUUGAAAUCAAUGUUGGCGAUGGCUCGGAGGGAUUUUCCAUCACCAAGGGCAACUUCGUGUGGUCUGAGGCAAACGGCUUUGGUGGCUGGCUCGUUUGUGAUUGGUAUCACAACGGCCCUCAGCUGUUCUACUUGAACCGUUACUACGAUGCCAAGAUUCCUUCAAGCUGCAGCAAGGUUCAGCUCAAGCCCGUUUACAUCAAGUAG